UAAUAGAUUCUACGGGGAAACGGCAAAGAAAUGUCUCACCAAAUUCAUAAAUUUUCUGUGCAAACGAUUGCAUAUGGCUGCCGUUUUACGACAUGGUUAAGAGGAUCUCUGCAGAAAAAAAUUAAAACUGCAGGUAAAUAGUGCCGAUAAAUGGCCAAAAAAGUGUCUAAAGUGCAAAUAAGGGCAUCCGGUGUCCGUAAAGUGCCGCAAAAGAGCCGGAAAUGCGUGAAAAAGUGCAGAAAAACGCGAAUUACAUAUCGGGACCAACCAUUGUUCCUCAAUGAUUUUCACUGUGGAGACUAAAUUUUUGUUCUCUGUGUGUAGCAAUACAAGUCUCUGGUUUUUUUUUCAUCGUCGUCAUUUAAGAGUGUUCGUCGUGUUCGACAUUGUGCAUAUGACACACGGGAGAACAACAGCAGCAAAUUUAAAAAAAAAAAUCGUAAAAAAUGUGAUGUGCUUUAAAAAAAAUGAAGAAAUUGACGAAAAUCCAAAGAAAUUAUGGAAAAAGUGCGAUUCAAGUGCAUCCAACGCAGCCUCCAUAGCGACAUCCUCUGAUAUUUUACUGAAAACAAAACACAAACACACAGAUCUGAAGAAAGAUGACAACACGUGAAGAUGUGUUGCUGCAAGUAGGCGAAGUCCGUUUCAAAAAGGGCGAUGGCACGUUGUAUCUCAUGCGCGAGAGAAUUGCCUGGAUGGCAGAUCACAGAGAUACUGUUGCUGCGUCACAUCGGUUUCAGGACAUAAAAAUGCAAAAAAUCUCACCGGAAGGAAAGCCUAAAAUACAGUUACAAGUUGUCUUGCACGAUGGAAAUUCGAGUACAUUUCAUUUCGUCAACAAAUUAGGCACAGCUGCACAAAUGAAAGAUCGUGACAAAGUAAAGGAGUUGUUGCAACAAUUACUGCCGAACUUCAAACGAAAAGUAGACAAGGAAUUGGAGGAGAAAAAUCGACUGUUGACGGAAAAUCCGGCGCUACUGCAACUGUACAAGGAUUUGGUGAUAACAAAAGUGAUAACGAGCGAGGAAUUUUGGGAAUCGCACGCGAAAAAAUACACGCAGAAAGACAACACGCAAAAGCAGGAAAUUGGCGUUUCGGGUGCCUUUCUUGCGGAUAUCAAGCCACAAACGGAUGGUUGCAACGGCCUUAAAUACAACCUGACUGCCGACAUAAUCGACUGCAUCUUCAAAACGUAUCCGGCGGUGAAGAAGAAACACAUGGAAAAUGUGCCAACGAAGCUCAGCGAAUCGGAAUUUUGGACCAAAUUCUUUCAGUCACACUACUUUCACCGAGAUCGCCUUACAAGCGGAACCAAAGACAUUUUUACCGAAUGCAGUCGCAUCGACGACAAAGCCUUGGAGCAAGCGGUUUCGGAAAAUGCGGGAGAUCCGUUGCUCGAUUUGCGUCUCUUCGAAGACAGUUCCUUGGCCGAGGGCUUUUGCUCGGCAUCAACCACCGAAAAGUCUGCCGGCAACGACAAAAGCAACAACAGCACGAACAUUGUGCAUCAGAACAUGAUCAAACGAUUCAACCAGCAUUCGUUCAUGGUUCUGAAAACGUGCACCGAUGUCAAAACACUCAAUAGCAGCAAUGCAACAACUGCCAAUAGCAAUGCCUCGUCAGCACAAACCUCGCCCGAAAAGACGACAAAUGGUGCCAACAACGGAAACGGAGCUCAUAUCAACAACAAUAACAUCAAUAAACUCACGAAUGGGCAUAACGGGAACAAUUUGCUCGAUGCUUCAUCUCACGAAGACGAGCCGAAAAACAAAAAAGCUCGCAUCAUGGAAAAAAUCAUUUUUGAAGAUCUCGAAGCAGAUCCGGCGGAAAAAGUGACAAUUCCGCAGCUAAAUCUCACCAAAGUAGAACGAUAUUUGCACGGGCCUGUUCCUUCGACGACGGGACCUUCGUCAGCGGAUGAAGACGACGAGCAAGAUGUCGACAUGAAUACCGUUUGUAGUCAACUGGCGCGAAGUACGGAAGCGUGGAUGCAAAGAACGCCCUAUAAAGCACUCGUUUCAGCAAAUGGAGCGGUUCAUGCGCUCGGAGAACUCAGUCCUGGCGGUGCACUAAUGCGCGGAUUUCAGGAACAAUCUCUUGCCCAAUUAGUGCCUCCCGACGUCGAAAAAGAGCUUAGAUUUUUGUAUUUAUCAUUAUCCGAGUUGCUGAAGCAUUUUUGGAAUAGUUUUCCGGCAAUCACUCCGCAACAGGAACAAAAAGCCGUACAAAUGCACGAAGCAUUACAGAGGUUUCAACAAGCCAAAUUACAACCAUUUGAGGAUCGUGCCAUGCGUGAACUCCAACCUCUCGGAGCAACGCUAACGCAGCAUUUGAAUCAGUUGUUGCAAGCAGCCAAAAAUAAAUUUGUAUCGUGGCAGGAACGAAAAAUGCGUCAAUCUAAUAGGUAGCCUUAGAAAUAGAGAAAAGAAAAUAACAAAAAAUAUUAAAAUUGAGACAAAAAAAUACAUUCGUGAUCCAAAAAAAAUUUCCCGUUUUCACGCCAAAAAUUGGCUUCUCUCUUUUGUAGUAUUUCUCACUUUUGUACUGUUGAGUUUCUUUUGUUUUUUUUUUUAAUGUUAAGGUCCUUCUCUCUUU